AAAAUAAGAAGGUUCGGCAUAAGUUUUCAGGUGAAGUAUCCAAUUGACCUCUGAGCUAGGUCUUCCUUUCUUGUUUGUACUCUGAAGCGCAGUUGCGGAGAUUUGCAAGCUUUAUUGCAUUCUUAGGCGAUAAGAUGCGGAGGUACAGCCCAGCAUACUAUAGUCCUCCUAGGAGAGCAUACGGUGGUGGAGGGAGAAGCCCUCCCAGGAGGGGCUAUGGUGGAGGCAGACGCAGGGAACAAAAUCAUGGGAGCCUUUUGGUUCGGAACAUUCCUCUCGAUUGCCGACCAGAGGAACUUCGAGUUCCAUUUGAGCGAUUUGGACCUGUCCGGGAUGUUUACCUACCAAAGGACUAUUAUACUGGAGAACCUCGUGGAUUUGCAUUUGUGCAAUUUGUGGAUCCUUAUGAUGCUUCAGAGGCACAAUAUCAUAUGAAUGGACAGAUUUUUGCUGGAAGGGAAAUAUCUGUAGUUGUUGCUGCAGAGUCAAGGAAAAGGCCAGAAGAGAUGCGUCAGAAGUCAAGGAUGAGAGGACCAGUAGGCUAUGGGGGGAGAAGGUCGGCUUAUUAUGGACGAUCCCGAUCUCGUUCAGUUUCAAGAUCACGCUCCCCACAUUAUCGCUCUGGUUCUAGAAGUAGAUACCAUUCAAGGUCAUAUUCUCCUGCUCCAAGAAGGCGAGGUGACUAUUCUGUUUCCCCUAAACCACGUGAUGCGCACCCUAGAUCACCACGAGGUCCUUCUGUGGAGCGAGAUGGUGAUCAGAAGCGCAGGUCAUACUCUCCAGGUUAUGGCAAUGGUCCAGAUUAUGAUACUGUCAAUGGAUAUGAGAAAUCUGUGUAUAACUCUGAGGCUGCACGAGACCAGUGGGGGCAAUCACCACGCAGAGCAUCAAGAUCACCCAUUGGGUCAAGAUCAAGGUCUGCUGAUUUGUCUCCCAGACAUGGCAGAUGAGGUAAAAUGAUUUAAUAGCAAGAUUUUCUGGGCCAGACGAUUGGUUCUCCAUGAGGGCUGACAUUAUUUUGAUAGUUUCCAUGGUGCACGUCGCAGAGGGUGUGGCAACAUGAUGCUGGGCUUCUGUACAAUUCCAUGAAUAUGUGAACCUAUACAAACACCUGUAUCUUGGCUUAAAUUUCAAGUAAUGUCACCUUAAGACUUAGAAAUUGAUUUCUACUGAGCGUGCCGAACUUAAUAGAACUACAAAAUCUACAUCAAGUUGAUUUUCGGUUAAUUGUGAAGGUUCAAAUCAAAAUUUCAGCCAAUCAAGGGCCUGUUAUGAAGUGGUAUGGAAUAGGUAGCAUUAAGAAUUUGUUUGGACGUGUUGAACUUGGUAUGACUGUAAAAGUCUUGACUUAUUUCCUGAUUUUUGACUGAUUAUGAAGCUUCAAUUCAAAA